AUGCCUCAUAGUCAGAAGAGUAAGCGCCAUGUCCAUGAGAAACGCCAACAGGCCCAAGGGCAAAGCCAGGCUGCCCAGGGUGCUCAGGCUACUGCAGGAGAGGAGGAAGGACCCUCUUCUUCCUCCCAUCUUUUGGGGGAUCCCACAAAGAGCUUCCCUGUUAAGGGUGUUUUGCGGGAGGCUAAGGAAGCCACUGCUCCUGCUUCAGCUGUUUUAUCCAGAAGAUCUGAUGUAGAUGCCAAGGGCCAAGAGGAGAAAAGCCCCAGUCCUGCCCAGGGCCCAUCUGCCACUGAGAAGCCUAAGAGAGAUCUUUUGACCAGAAAGGCAGGCCUGUUGGUGCUGUUCUUGAUAGGCAAGUAUAAAAUAAAGAAGCCCAUUCUGAAGGUCGAUAUGCUGAAGGCUGUCAACAGAAAGUUCCAGAAGCACUUCUCUGAAAUCUUAUGGGGAGUCGCGGAGCGCAUGGAGCUGGUCUUUGGCCUUGAAUUGAAGGAAGCUAACCCCAGCGGUACCUUCUAUCACCUCAUCAGCCAACUGGAUAUCACUGGUGGAGGGACUUUCAGUGGGGGCAUGGAGUUGCCCAAAGCAGGUCUGGUGAUGGCUCUCUUUUUGGGUGUGAUUUUUAUGAAUGGUAACCAAGCCACUGGGGAGGAGAUCUUGGAAUUCCUGGAUGUGUUGGGGAUCUCUGCUGGAAAAAGGCACUUAAUCUUUGGGGAGCCCAGGAAAUUCCUCACCAACGAUUUGGUGUGGGAAAAGUUUCUUGAAUAUCAGCAGGUUCCCAACAGUGAUCCUCCAUGCUACAAAUACCUGUCUGGUCCAAGGGCACAUGCUGAUACCACCAAGAUGAAAGUCUUGGAAGCUUUGGCCAAGAUCAAUGAUACUGUGCCCAGCGCCUUCCCCCCAUUGUAUGAAGAGGCUUGGAGAGAUGAGGAAGAGACAGCCUUCGCCCGAAUGACAGUCAGGGCUAGAACACAUUGCACGGCCAGUGCAAGUUCCAUGGCCCUGUCUGGCAGUCGCUCCCCAUUCUAA